AUGCUUCGGGGCUAAGGAUUGGAAAGAAACGAGAUUGGAAUCUCUCCCGUCCCCGAUGGCGGAGCCGGCCGCAACGAAGGCGGCGAACGAGCGGGAGGCGAUGGGCGAGAAAGGUGGCGGCGGAAGAGGCAAACGGCUCCUUCUCGGGCGGUUCGAAGUCGGGAAGCUCCUAGGUUCUGGAACCUUCGCCAAGGUCUAUGUCGGCCGCAACGUGCGCACCGACGAGCUCGUCGCCAUCAAGGCCCUGGACAAGGAGUCGAUCCUCAAGGGAGGACUCGUGGCGCACAUCAAGCGCGAGAUCUCCAUCCUCCGCCGCGUGCGCCACCCCUACAUCGUCGAGCUCUUCGAGGUCAUGGCUACUAAGACCAAGAUUUACUUCAUCAUGGAGUUCGUCGGCGGCGGCGAGCUCUUCUCCGUGGUCUCCAAGGGCCGCCUUUGCGAGGACACCGGCCGCCGCUACUUCCAGCAGCUCAUCUCCGCCGUGGCCUUUUGCCACGCUCGCGGUGUCUACCACCGCGACCUCAAGCCGGAAAACCUCCUCCUGGACGAGAAAGGUGACCUAAAAGUCUCCGACUUCGGGCUCUCCGCCGUCGCCAACCAGAUUCGGAGCGACGGCCUUUUCCACACCUUCUGCGGAACCCCGGCAUACGUCGCGCCCGAGGUCCUCUCCCAGCGAGGCUACGACGGUGCCAGAGUUGACAUUUGGUCGUGCGGCGUCAUUCUCUUCCUGCUAAUGGCCGGCCACCUACCCUUCUACGACCGAAGCGUCGUGGCCAUGUACCGCAAGAUCUACAGCGGCGUCUUCAGGUGCCCCCGGUGGUUCUCGCAGGAACUCACCGAUCUCUUACACCGCCUUCUCGAUGUUAAUCCCCAAACCCGGAUCACCAUCCCCGAGAUAAUGGAGAAUUCCUGGUUCAAAAAAGGGUUCCGCCACGUCCGAUUCUAUAUCGAAGACAACGAACUGCACAGCAUAGCCGAACCGGAAGAAGACGGCCGAUCGCAAAAUGACCACGAAUCAGGGUCCGAGUCCGACUGCUCAGUCGCUUCCUGUCCGGCUUCCUUUUCAGACGAUCAUCGAGAGCCGCUAGGUCUGCCGAGGCCGCCGAGCCUUACGGCAUUCGAUAUCAUUUCUUUCUCCGAGGGAUUCGACCUCUCUGGAUUGUUUGAAGAAACCGGGGAGAUGACCAGGUUUCUGUCCAAGGAGCCUGCGCCGAAGAUCGUAGCGAAACUAGAGGAGAUUGCGAAUGUCGCAGGCUUCAAGGUUAGAGGGAAGGAUUGCAGGGUCUUCUUGGAAGGGACGAGGGAGGGGGAGAAGGGCCCCUUGACGAUUUGCGUGGAGAUAUAUGAGUUAACCCCUUCAAUGGUCGUGGUUGAGGUGAAAAAGAAGGCUGGGGAUGAAAAGGAGUACGAAGAAUUCUGCAUCAACGAGCUGAAGCCUGGAUUAAAACACCUCAUGUGCGAGUCGCCUCCUGUAUCGAAAACCACCGCCAGCAUCGGAUAGGGAUACUUUGUGUCAGUUAUGUUGUUAUUUUCCAGAUUCGAUACCAUUAAAAAAAUUUUACAUAGAAACAAUAGUUUUGACUUGGAUAGAGAAACUCUGCAAUUCCAUUUGAAAUCAAAGCUCCAAGAACCAAAUCA